GUGCGUCCUGCCCAUCGACUGAACAGUCUCUGGUCCUGUCCCGUUUAUUCCAUUCCCAUCCUGCUGUCUGAAUGACAACAUCCAGCACUGAUCCAACAUGUGAGCUGCAGGAUGAAGCUGUGAGGAUGAAGGAUUCUCCACAACUGCACUGAUUUAUCCUUUUAAAAAAGCACAAACUCGCUAUGAAACGCCUGGAUUAUGGAUCGGAUGUGGAUAUUCUGCCAGGUCCUACUUGUUGUGCGUGUUUGUGUGAGUUCAUCAGUGCAUGGUGAGGACGACGCGUCUUGUGAUGGAGCGUUUGAUAUUUAUUUUGUCCUGGACAGGUCGGGCAGCGUGUGGGGCCACUGGGAUGAGAUCUAUGGGUUUGUGGAGCAGCUCACCAGCAGGUUUGUCAGUCCCAGAAUGAGGGUUUCCUACAUCGUCUUUUCAUCUCAAGCGGUUGUGAUCCUCCCUCUGACUGGAGACAGGUCGAAGAUCAACGAAGGUUUAAAUGAGCUGAGCCAGAUCACUCCUGCUGGUGAGACGUACAUGCAUGAAGGCCUGAGAGCGGUUUCGGCGCAAAUGAAGACACCAACUUCACUGACAUCCAGCAUCAUUAUCGUUCUGACUGAUGGCAAGCUGGCCGUAUAUCCCUUUGAGCUGAGUGUAAAGGAGGCUGAUAAAGCCAGAGCGUUUGGAGCCAGAGUGUACUGUGUCGGAGUCAUGGACUUCGACCACAAACAGCUUGCUGAAAUAGCAGACGGCACAGAACAAGUCUUUCCAGUUCUGUCUGGGUUUCACGCUCUUAAAGACGUCGUCAACACAGUCCUGAAGCAAUCAUGCACUGAAGUAUUCACAAUAGAGCCGUCGAGUGUUUGUGUCAACGAGUCCUUCAACGUGGUGCUGAGAGGCAGCGGCUUCAGCGGAGCCAAGAGGGUCGACAACAUCCUCUGUUCCAUCACGUUCAGCCAAGAAACACACAAUCAGAAGCCAACAGUAGUUAGAGAUGGUUAUCUGCUGUGUCCAGCUCCUGUUCUGUACGAGGUCGGACAAUCAAUUGAAGUGCUGAUUAGCCUGAACAACGGAAAAUCCUACAUCUCCAGUCCCAUCACCAUCUACGCGACAACAUGUUCUAGUGGUCUCUGGGUGCUCUGGCUGCUGCUGGCUCUGCUGCUGCUGUUGGUUCUGGGUUUACUCUGGUGGUUUUGGCCUCUUUGCUGCACUGUGGUCAUCAGAGACCCGCCUCCCUCGCGCCCCCCUCCUCCACCUCCUGUCUUUGAGCCAGAAGAGGAUCCUUCACCCAAACACCGCUGGCCGACGGUGGACGCUUCCUACUACGGAGGUCGGGGUGCUGGAGGAAUCAAACGCAUGGAGGUUCGCUGGGGCCAGAAGGGCUCCACGGAGGAGGGGUCCAGGCUGGAGAAAGCCAAAAACGCUGUGGUCACUCUGCCGGAGGAAGUGGAGGAACCGAUCAUCCGUCGACCUCCACCAAGACCUCCUCCCAUCUACAACCCCCCUCCACAGUCCAAAUGGUACACUCCCAUCAAGGGGCGUAUUGAUGCGCUGCUGGCAUUACUGAGAAGACAGUACGACAGAGUGGCCAUCAUGAGGCCGACACCUCAGGACAAGGGCCGCUGCAUUAACUUCACCAGAGUUCAGAGUCACUGAAGUUCAAACACGAGGAUCAACUUUUCACUUUCUUAUUAAUUUCUGGGCUGAAUACGGCUGAUUUCUACACUGAGACAUGAAUGUUGGAAACGAAUAUGUGCUGUAAAUAAACGUCUUUACUUAUA